GGACGCCAGCGUUCCGGGCGUCCUUAGUGGUUGGGCCCUAGGCUGGGAGUGUGCGUCGGCGGGAGCGGGACCCCGGGACCGCGGACCCUUCCCGCCUGCGCUGCUCCCGACCUCGAGGGACCUUUGUCCCGUGGCGCGGACCCCUAAGCCCCAGAAGCAAGCAGUGCAGGGGGCGAUCCCAGGGUGUCCGGUUUUUAAGCAAUACCUCCUGGACUCCAUGGAAUAAGUAAGGAAUUUAGUUGUGUUGUCCUGCCUCACAGAACAAACUCAUCUAUUGCAGGUCUAGCCUGAAUCUCUGCCUUUGUAAACCAGAAAAGGUCCAAGUAUCAGCAUGAAAUUUCCAGAGAGGUUUUUUGUCACAGCUUUAUGAAGAACAAGACCCACAUGGACUUCUUUGAGGGGAACUGAACCAGCCUGAACUUGAGGAAAGAAUGAGAUGAUGUGUGCUAAACCUAUAACUAACACCACAGAAGUGAAAUGGCAGAAGGUGUUAUAUGAGCGGCAGCCCUUCCCUGAUAACUAUGUUGAUCAGCGGUUCCUGGAAGAGCUCCGGAAAAACAUCUAUGCCCGGAAAUACCAAUAUUGGGCUGUGGUAUUUGAGUCCAGUGUGGUGAUACAGCAGCUGUGCAGUGUGUGUGUGUUUGUAGUGAUCUGGUGGUACAUGGAUGAGGGUCUUCUGGCUCCCCAGUGGCUUUUUGGGACUAGCCUGGCAUCUUCAUUGAUUGGGUAUGUUUUGUUUGAUCUCAUCGAUGGAGGUGAUGGCCGGAAGAAGAGUGGGCGGACCCGGUGGGCUGACCUGAAGAGUACUUUAGUCUUCAUUACUUUCACGUAUGGUUUUUCACCAGUGCUAAAGACCUUGACAGAGUCUGUCAGUACUGACACCAUCUAUGCCAUGUCAGUCUUCAUGCUGCUAGGCCAUCUCAUAUUCUUUGAUUAUGGUGCCAAUGCUGCUAUUGUAUCCAGUACACUGUCCUUGAACAUGGCCAUCUUUGCUUCUGUUUGCCUGGCCUCUCGUCUCCCACGGUCCCUACAUGCCUUCAUCAUGGUGACAUUUGCCAUCCAGAUUUUUGCCCUGUGGCCUAUGUUGCAGAAGAAGCUGAAGGCGUAUACCCCACGAAGCUACAUAGGCGUCACCCUGCUUUUUGCACUUUCAGCUUUUGGAGGUCUUCUGUCCAUUAGUGGGGUGGGAGCCAUACUCUUUGCUUUUCUUCUGAUUUCCAUCUCUUGCCUCUGCCCUUACUACCUCAUUCGCCUGCAGCUUUUUAAGGAAAAUAUUCAUGGACCUUGGGAUGAAGCUGAAAUCAAAGAAGAUUUGUCUAGGUUCCUUAGCUAAGUUAGGGGCCCCCCAUUAAAUUAUUAAAGCAAGUUGAAAGACUUACAACCUAACCAGUGUAACAUUUAGACAAAGUUCCAUUUUUGAAGUAGUGGGCUGAUCUGAGUGAGAAGAGAGAUCAGAAGGGGGAAAAAUGGCUUAGUUGGGGAAACUUUAUCCUUUGGUUAUUUUGUGACUGAAAAAACUUUCUGGUGCUGCCUUGAAAAAUUUUGCCCUUUAUUAUUCAUUGCAACAAGUGAAGCAGUAUGUUUUCUAUGUACUAAAAAAGUAACGUCCAUCAAGUUGUCUCAUAAUUUUUCUGGAAGCAUAAAGCAGAUAAAAGGACAUGAAAA